UGAAGAGUUCAUUAACAACGGAGUUCCAGCGAGAGUGUUCUCUCCAAGCUUCAAGGAGUAAGCCCAUGUAGAUUUGGGAGACGAAGAUGGUGCAAGCUGGAGUCUUGUCUGGACCAAUCGAUAGGUCAUCAGCUCAAGCGAUUAUCCAACUCCUGGAAGCGGGAGGAAUCCACGCUGAUGUCAAAGCAAGACCCAAUCCUUAUAUGGAAAGUGUGUGUGGAAUGUGGUGUUCCUUGGCAUGAUAUUAUGGGCUGUGAAGAGUUUCAGAUUCUUCCGGUUGAUGAAGGAUAUCCAGAUGAUAUCACAUUGCAUCGCUCGGCUAAGUAUAAGAGAUGGAGACAGUGUUUGACUUUGUGGUUUCUUAUAUCAAUGUUGAGAUCUCUCUUUGUGUUCUUUUGGUGUGGGCGUGAGUUUUGCUACACUUGCGGAGAAGAGUACAGAGCAGGACAACAUAGUUGCAUUUGUGAGACAUUCAACUCAAUGCCAAGGGUAAUGACGCUUACUCAGAGCAAGAAAGAUCUCAGCUAGCUCUGUCCAACGGUCCUUAGUGGGUACUGGGUUUAGUCUCAGAGAUCACCAUACUUGCCUUGAAACUUGAAAGGUUUGUUUAUGUCUGAACUAGCUCUGAUCCAACAGUCCUUAGUGGGUGCUUGGUUUAGUCUCAGAGAUCACCAUACUUGCCUUGAAACUUGAAAGGUAGGAGGACGAGAUGGAAUCGGAUCUAGAGAAACUCUUUGUUGGUGGGGUUUCAUAGGACACAUGAAGACCAGUUAAACCGGUUAUAAUGUUAAAAUAGGUUAUGAUGUUAGAACCAAUGUUAGAACAUGUUAUACUUUUGUAAAUGAAUUUCGAGUAAUUGAAUUUAAUGCAUAUUUUAGUUUUAAAUCAAUUUACACUUA